AUGAGAAUGUUUGCUAAGCGAAGUCGGCAUAUUCGUUCCGCUCUCUGCUGCAGCGCUAUCGUAGUAUUCGUGGUGUAUAUAGCGAUAUUAGCUUGGAGCGAAGAUUUCGAGUACAGCAUAGAAGAGGAAGAAGAAAAAGAAUUACAGUAUACAGACGAAUACAGUGAAGAAGAUUUCAUCAAACUUAUCGUUUCUAUUUAUGGAAAAAGCAGAUUUCUAGAGGAAUUUUGCCUCAGCCAUGACACAUGCAUGGAUGUCAGAGAUGAGUUAGUGAAAAGAAAAAAUAGAACCUACUUUAUGAGGGCAGCAAGAAAGUACACUCUCAUUUUGACGAGAAUCCCUCUUAGUUUACCGAAAAGGCGUACAAGGAGACACACGGAUACCAGUAAAUGGGAGAUUAAUUUUGGUGAUGUUACCGGCGAUGCAACAUCUUCAAUGAUCGAAGUAUUGUACGAUUGUGGUGCUCUUAAACAAGAUGAUGAAGAUUCUAAAGCGAAAGUCUUAUCGCUUGGACUUGGUGGAGGUUUUCUCAACGGUUACAUGCACCAUAAAUUCCCACAGAUGAGCAUCACUGUUGUGGAAAUUAACGCUCGUACAUUAGAAAUGGCUCGACGAUGGUUCGGCUUAGAAACCGAUGAACAGCACGAAGUAAUCCUUAUGGAUGGUAUUGAGUACAUUGAAAGAAGUGUUCGAAAAGGUCGUCGAUUCGACUACAUAUUUCUGGACGCGUGUUUUGCAAAAACAAGCAACCAUCUGAUAUGUCCUAACUCACCGUUUCUCAGCAAAGAAAUCAUAGCGGCUAUGGCGAAGCUACUUGAAAAAAAAGGUGUACUUGUCGUCAAUAUACUACCUCGUGGUGAUUCUAGAAAAGAAGUAUUGGAAAAGAUCACAUCUAAAUUUAAGCGACACUUCGAAUUUUGGAAACUAAGGCACGUUCAAGGCACUAAUAACUAUAUUCUUACUUUGUCGCAAUUCGAAUAUACCGGACUCCAUAUCAACGAGACGAGCCUUCAAUUCGAAUAA